CUUGUUCCUAGCAUAUUCUAUGUAGGGUGAAUAAGGUUUGUUUCAGGACCUAACAUCUAUAGAGAGAGACAUAGAUGAGAACCCACAGGGGUACAACAUGGCAAAGAGUAGGCUGGGUCACAUCAUAGUGAAUUCCUGUGUGGCUGGAGUGUAGGAUGGAUAAUGUUCCCAGUGGGUCCAGUCUCUAGUGACUCGAAGCAGAAUCUGUAGACUGUAUCAUGUAGCAGCGAAGAGGCAAUGAACAUUGUAAGUAGGAAAUCAGUACAGUAAGGUGGCCCACCCAGGAAACAUUCUGUGAGGGAACUGCUCCAGUGGGGUGGGAAUCGGGGCUCGAGGCUUUGCGUGUCCAGCCUGGAGCCCUCUUGCCACUCUUACCCCCAUUAGUAAAAUGGAAAUGUGUAUAAUACUUGCCUUACUUAGUGGCGCUGUUUUGAGGAGCCAAAGAGAUGAUGGAAAUAAAAGAGCUUUGAAAAAUAAAGAAAAAAUUUAAAACAAUAAGGUAUUUCGGCAGUGGGACCAACAAUAGUAUUAUUUUUAAUACAGUAUCAUUUCUCUCAUUACCACAUCCAUUCCCCAUGAAAUUAUUUUUUUAGAGAAAAGGAAAAGGGAGGAAGUGGCUGAGCCUGCCUAUUGGGAAAUAAAUAAAUACCCAUCUCAGGACCUCGGAAGAGCAGGGCUUCCUGGACCCCGAAAAGGGCCCUGAGAACAGCCUGGGUGGUGCAGGGAGCAGAGCAGCCCAGCCUGCCGCCUAGUCUGUCGGGGAACAGAGAGGGCUGCCCACAAACAACUGUCAGCACCCAGAGGGGCCCCUGGAGACACCCUGCAGGCCAACCUCAGGGUUUCCCCACAGAGGUGGGACGCCAGCUCCCCGCCCUCUCGUGGAUGGGAGUGGUUCCCAGCUGACUCAUAUGAAUGAAAUGCAGAAAAUAAAGUUGAGGUGAUUGGCAUUAUUCUAAGCAAGUCGAGUGCCAGGCCCCAUAUUUUGUUCUAACUUAUCUCAGGAUCAGAAAAGGAAGUAAAAAACUGGCUUGCUUUUAUUUCUCUCAGAACAAGACAUUUCUGCCCUUCUCUUUCUCUGUGGAACAGCUGUUCCUGUGGCUUGACUUCAGAACUAAGUGAAACGACCACCCAAGUUAAGGCCGCUGUUAUUGUUGGAGAGGCAGGAUGGGAUAAAGCUAGCUUUAGGGGCAGAUGGGUGUUUUUAUCCCAGCUCUGUGAUCUUGGGCAAGUCACUUAACCUUUGGGGGCCCAGUUCCUCUGUCUAAAAAAAUGGAGAUAAUAAUGGUACCUGCUUCAUGAAGAUUAAAUUAAUAAAUCUGUGCUAGGCGCUUAGAAUAGUGCCUGGAGAAAAUAAGCCCUUAAAAUAAAUGUAGCUAAUAUUAUAUUAAUAAUAACAUUAUUUGGUGCAUAUUACCUUAUCACGUCCCCUCACUGGCUAUUUUCUUGUAACACUUACCACCUUGCGUGCCUCCAGUGUAUAUGGUACUGCCUUCUAGAGUUUAUCAUUCACACAAAACCAUAUUGUCUCAUCGCUGUGCCCUCCGCCCCCCUCCCUGACUAAAAGCUCCCCUCUUCCGUUCCACCCACUCCCUGCUUCUCCAUCUGAGCCUGGGCAGAUCAACGGCCCCCCUCCCGUCCCAGACACUUUGUCCUCAGGGCCUCUCAUGGGAUGGGGACAGCCACGAAUUCCAGAGUGCCACGAGGGCCACGGGCUCCUAGGACGGUAGGGGUUCACGUCCCAGCUCUGGCACUGGCUCCUCACCGCCCCUGGACCCACUGUCGCCAAUCUCUGUGCAUGGUAUUAACGCCCACUUUACAGGGGUGGCGGAGAUCUGACAGGUGAAGUGCGUGGCACGUAGGAGGCGCUCGCAGAUGACUAAGCGUAAGCUGUGGGACAAAGGCGAUUUCCGAUCCUCGCUGGUUGUGUGAGCCUGGGCGGCUCCCUUCACCUCUGUAAGCAUGGGCUUUCUUUGUUCCCUGGGGAUUACAGCAGCCCCUACCCCUCAUGAAGCUCUCAGCAAGAAGCCUUCCACAAGGGUUCCCUUUAUCCUAUGAACAACUGAAGGCCCUGCGGGGCCAGAUGCCUGGGGCAGUGGUGGCAGAGGCUGGGCUGGCAGCACUGGUGCCGGGGAGAGGGCCGAUCUGGAGUCGUCAGCCUCUUCUCUGGCCUCUUCCCCCAGGGCUGUAUGUGCUGGCUGGAGCGGGGGCCCUGAUGAUGGCCGUGGGCUUCCUCGGCUGCUGUGGAGCCACGCGGGAGUCCCAGUGCGUUCUCGGAUCUUUUUUUACCUGCCUAUUGGUGAUAUUUGCUGCUGAAAUAACCACUGGAGUAUUUGCUUUUAUAGGCAAGGAUGUAGCUAUACGACAUGUUCAGACCAUGUAUGAAGAAGCUUAUAACGAUUACCUUAGAGACAGGGAAAAGGGAAAUGGGACUCUCAUCACCUUCCACUCAACAUUUCAGUGCUGUGGAAAAGAAAGCUCUGAACAGGUCCAACCGACCUGCCCAAAGGAGCUCCUAGGACACAAGAAUUGCAUUGAUGAAAUUGAGCGCAUCAUCAGUGUUAAGCUCCAGCUCAUCGGAAUUGUUGGUAUUGGAAUCGCAGCCCUCACGAUCUUCGGCAUGAUAUUCAGCAUGGUCCUUUGCUGUGCGAUACGAAAUUCACGAGAUGUCAUAUGAAGCUACUUCUACAUGAAAGUUGUAAUCUAGAGUAUACAAAUGUCACAGGAGCUGUCUCCUGGCUCAUUUUUAAUAUUCAAAGGACAUUAGGAUCUAAAAUAAUUUGCUGUUAAUUGUACAUUUGCACAUGUAUGUAUGUUUGGCUCAUUACUGGUUUACCCCUUGAGUGAAUGCCUAUGUAUGUUGACUGAAGCAUAUUCAUGUGUGAUCUGCAUGUUUCUGGUAUAUGCAUAAUGAAAUCUGUUUGCUGGGAAUUCCUGAUUCUUGUUAUGUGAGAGAAACACAUAUUUAACUCUCAGAAAAAGAUCAAAAAGCGUUGAUAAACUUUAAAAACUUGGUUAUUAGGAAAAAAAAUAUGAUAGUGGGUCAGUUUCUCAGACUCUAGCCAUAGGAAGUUAGAUACAGAGAAUUCAGGGAUUUCUAGUUCGUGGAAGCAAUAAGCUACAGGAAUUGAGAGAUCAUGGUGCAGUGUUAAAAGUAACUGUGUUUGGGUUAGGUGUAAGGGUUUCCUGGGAUUUUUCUUAUAUACAUACUCUCCCCAGAAUUCAGGACUAAACACAUCUGUAAAACUAAAUAUAGCUUGGAAAAUCUAAUUUGACUAAGUCAUACUUUCCUAGUAUUUAAAAAACAAAACAAAACAAAGAAAACGUUGCUCUGGAAAGAGGUGUCACACAGACAAUCACAUGCCCUAUAAAACUGAGUGUUUUUAGGACUAGAAAGAAAAUCUUUUAACAACUUUUUAAGGAAAUAUUUUUGUUCUUAUAUAAAGACAUUUAAAUAUUGCUUUAUGACUUUCCUUUUCUGACUCUUCCCUGAACUACUGUAACCCCCCACAUACACAAAAGGGCUUUUAUCUCCAACUUUUCUGUAUUUCUUCAGAUGUAAGCAUAGAAAGACUAAAGCAAGAGAUCUGGCAGUUGCAAAUUGUGGGAAAGAGAAUUUUUACUGGCACUGUAUCUUUGAAAUACCUCAUAACUUGAGUUUACAUAUUUUCCUAAUUUUUUGGUAUUUUUCUUAUUUAUUCACCUAGAGAAUUCUUCUUUAUAGAUUAAAAACUACAGUUUUUGCCACUUAAAAUAUACUAUAUCAUGAGCAUCCUUAGCCAAACCAAAAUAAAGAAAAACAUCCUCUCCUAGUUUUGUGCACACAAGAGAGACAAGCUAAGGAAACAAAAAUACACGCACAACAGAAAUAUGUUCCUUCUGUGCAGGUCUCCUAUAAAAAUAAAAUGUGUUCUUUAUGGUCUUGACGCUUCAUUGUAAUCCCAAAUUUACAAUCUAAAUUGACAUAUACGUCCAUUUUUAAAUAGCAACUUGGUACACUUAGUAAAUCAUGGAUUUUUUAAAAUUACAUUUUAAAAGGCCACACAAAAAUGAAAGUAUGGGGGACUUUUGGAAACCCCCAAGUAAGUUUGUACUCAUGUGAGAACACAAGUCUUUGGGUCUACACUAAAGGAGAGUGUGCACUCCGAGAAAGUUCUACAAAACAUUUUGCUGAGAACACGUAACCAUUUGAAAUAAUCUCACUCCCAUAGGGAACCACAUUUCUCCUGCCAUACUUGCUAUUGCUACUAACUGUGGAGGAAGAUUUCUAGAAAAAAAGUCAGACUGGAAGCAAGCCAAAAAUUUAAUUGUGCAUGGCUACUUUGCUGUGUCUGUAGCUAACAGAAAGAUUAUUUUAAGAAACUCAAUAGAUGUUUCUACCCUGGUAGUUGAGAAGUAGAGCUUUUUAAGUAAAGAACAAAAAGCCACCAUCUCUCCUGGUGGCUUAUUUCACCUGUCUGCCUGAAGACAGGAAACAGGCUUAAGGGCAUACUUAGGUUUCUUCCAGCUCAGAAUCUUCUGGGAUUCAACAAAAGUGAGUUUCAUUCUAUAUCUGAAUUAACCUUAAAGAAGUGUAGCUAAAAGUGGAAGAGUAGAGAUUUGUUCCAUAUGUGAUUAAAGUGUGACUUUUGGGAGUAAUUUUUCUAAAAUAUGUGCCAUGAGUAAAAUUAGAGAAUUUCAUCUCUGAGUGAGGGAAGAAUUAUAUACAUAUAUAUCUUGAAUCUACAUAUGCAUCUUGAAUAUAUAUACAUGUAUAACUUGAACAUAUGUAUACGUGUGUGUGUGUAUAUAUGUAUAUAUGCACACAUACAUGUAUACAUAUAUGUGUACAAAUAUAUACACACACGUAUAAAGUUUUGAUUAUAUCUGUUUACCUGAACUAAUUUGAGAUCAGGCCCAAAGAUUUUCUUAAAUGUAUGGUGCCAAGGCACAGAAUUAAAACUUCUUGAUGAAAUAUUUUAAGUUAUUUCAAAUUAAAUUUUCUAUGUACCAGAAUUUCUUGUUUGAUUUAUCUUAAAAUCCUGUUAUAUCUUUAUACACACUCAUUCAACUUAUCUAAAUGCCUGUCAAUCAACCCAAAUAAUAUGGUGAAAAAGGAAAGAGUAGUAACCUUUCUAUAGUGUUACUAAUAGGAGCUGGGCUUAAAAACAACACGCUAACAAAGUUAUUGCAUAUAGUUAUGUUUCAAUUAAUAUUGUUUCACCCGAAUUACACCUCUUUUCCCCAGAGUAGCUCCUUUGUCAUCCAUAGUACAACCUGUAAAAUUACACACUGAUACAGAGGCCAGUGUAACCGCCCGUGCAGUCACCAAUGACAGGUGGUCUCCUUUCCCCUGUGAGCAGUGCCAGUAGGUUUGGUGUGGUGAGAAUGAGGCUCCUGGAAAGAUGGCAAUGAAGGAGAUAGCAUGUUUUCCCUUCUGCAGUAAGUUUAUCAGAGAUUAAAAAGAAGAGACCCCCUCUGUGUCAUGGGUAAAAUGUGGUUUCCAUGGCCCCAAGGGCAGCCCUUGAGUAUUUAGGAGGUGCACUCCAGCUUUCCCGGUUCACCGCUCCCAUGUAACUACCAGCCCCUAUGAUUUCAGCAGCCCCAUUUUCCCCACCCCUAGGAGGGAGCACUAAUGAACCCUUGAAGCUAGUCACUUAACUACAUCAUCUUAGUUUGGCCUCAUCAAAAUCAAAUUUGUGUUAAGGUAUACUUUAAGACAGACAAAUGGUUUCUAUUUUCUUUCAACAUGACUUUUUUUUUUUUCUAUAAAACGUAAGAUACUGUAUGUAGGUGUCUUUUGAAAGGUAAAAAGACUACAAUGCAAAAUGUUGUUAUUAAUCAUUUUGUUGGUUUUCUCAUUUUAAAAACAACCACUAAAUACAUUUCAGGAAUCCACUAUUCAGAUGGCUAUCUCCUGGAGAUAUGGAAUACAUGAAGAAUAGAAGUAAUAUGUCCUGAAUGUUGCAAAGCAAAAUCUAUGAUGAUUUCACAAAGUUUUUAGCUAAUAUACCAGAAACGCUCCAAAAUUUUGGUGUUGUUUUUGUUUUUGUCCUGUAUAAUUUAUGAUGGUUUUACUUAUAUUAAAUAAAAGAAAUUUAAAUUAAAUUAAAAGAAAUAACCAACAAAGUGCCUAGCAUGCCUGGCACUGAUGAAUAUUAUUACCUAUUGUUACAAUUAUUAUGUUUAUGAGUUUUUGUUAAUUAUAAAUCAAAUGUGUAAUUGUGUAUAACUAAAGAUAC